AGUCUCGCCCGGUCCCUCAGACCGAGAGUGUUCCAUGAAUGGGCGCGUUUACAACUCGGCCAUAAUACAAUCCGUGACAACAUCAUCCUCCUCGAUUAAUCAUUCGUUUACCCGUCGAAACGCAAUAAAUAUAUCCACAUCCAUUGAUCGAUCCAAUCGAUAUUUAUCUGAAAAAAAAAGCAAAAGAAAAGAUCUUUUCUCAUCGGUGAUAUUGUUUCUCAAUCACAUGAUCGCGCACCGUGGACAGAUGGAAUUAUCAAUCGACGGAUUGAAAAGAGAAGUGAAUCGAUCCUGUGGCGUGUUUGAAGUUUCUAUCGUUUCCAUGAUGCUUGCUUGCUUGCUGUUCAAGUGUCGAUCAACAAGUAGCUCGUAUAUAUGUAGAAAGUGUGUUACACAGUGUGCAAUUCUGGUUGAUUGAAACGGGUUGUUGAGUGGGCCAGAAAUUAGUGUCCCAUAAAGUGAGAAGUGACAGCAUACGUAAUUACUCGGUCGGUCAAAGUGACGGUCAUCCUCCGUUUCGUGUACGAGUGACGCACUCGGUUGGAUCAUAGUCGAGAGAGUGAUUACGAUUAACAAUCGUGCCCGUUUAAUUGGUGAUCAGUUCGCCUCUCGAUGCGCCUCUCCAGCACAUGGAUUCGGUCUCGAUUCUGAAUUCCACAAUUUCUCGUGUUUCGAUCCUUUUUGAAAAUCGGUCUUAAAUCCGCUAUGGAAGAGAAAAAGGCGUACAUCGUGAAUCAUAGUGUCGUGACUCGUGAUCGAAAAAUUUUCGAGCGUAUAUUUUCAAUAUUUUCAAGUGAUCUUAAUAAUUUUGGCCUUUCGGGUUAGAUUAAUUACUUCGCUUCUGAUCGAAACAACCGAUAGCGUUACAUUUACGUUACACACAAGACAGGUUAGAUUAGUAGUCUAAGCGAUCGAUCCACAUAAACGAAAUAUUAAUAUCGCAUAAUAAAUUAAAAAUCUAAUUAGAAUUUUGAAAACACGGAUAAUAAUAUCGAUUGUCAAGAUCGUUAAGAAAACAAUAACAAUGCGGAUCCAAAAUUAUUCUCGGCCCGUGUAAUCAACGAAAUUAAAACGUUCCAAUUUCUCUCUCUUUCUCUCUCUCUCUCUCCCUCCCUUCCUGUCUCCCUCUGCACUGCGAACGAUAUCGAGAUCGCAACUAUCCCACGAGAGUCGAUAUCGAUCGAUCACGUUCAAUCUUGGUACUCGAUCGAUCGGUUAGCCGAAACUAUCGAAACGAGAGAUUUUGGACGUGUAUUUGUAUUUGCACCGAGGAAGAUUCUAUCAACGAUAUAUACCAGAGUGGAGUAGAAUUUACCUUGGAAUCUUGGGAUGAGGAGAGAGGGGGAGGGGAGAGGAUGACGGUUGUUCCAGGGCAGCUGGUAACCGCCCGGAUGGCGGGAAGAUACGUUGACGAGAAUUAUCAGUUUCCGGGAUUCUAGGGAGUGGAAUGUGAGAACAGAGGGAGGGGGGAGGGAGAGAGAGCGAGAGAGAGCGAGGGAGAGAGAAAGAGGGAGAGGGAGAGAGAAAGAGAGAGAGAGAGAGAGGAAAGUCGACACCAUAGCUUCGGAAAUAGGAGGGAAUUCGGUGUCCCAGACGCUGGACACAGCGGGAUCAAGGUCUCCAUACUGGCAGUGACGUCGAUGCACAUCUGCGCGCGAAUAUUCGCGUGGGCAUGGGACUUUCUUGUCGGUGGCACAUCGUAUCCAAUGCAACACACUGUGGGCAUAGAGGUGCGGGUAACCAACGAGGUUUUACCCAGCGCCACAGAGGAAACUGUGAUAAAAGAUGCGGCACCUCCUUGGACAACUAUGUCCGUCCUCAACAGUCGAACAACACCAACAACCCCCACAAACAACUAUCCCCAGUAUUUAUCUCCUCACGUGUUUCAAGGCCGGAAUUCUCUUGGCUGCACCAAUGAUUACACACUGCGCAGAAGACGUCCCAUGACACUUCGAAUCGGUCCACGUUUGAGUCUUCCAAAUAAGAGCACAUCGGCUCCAACGACUACGACAGAUGGGGAUUGGCCAGCAUUAGGGUAA